AUGUUGCCAUCACUUCCGAUUCUCGACGAAUUCCCACCAAAUGUCAAUUCUGUCAAGCAGUCCUCUCUCCCACCAAAUGCAUCGCCCAGACAGCCACGGACGCCGCGAGAAGCCCAGCGGGCCGCCGACCUAGCAGCAGCAGAAUCCCUCACCGAAGGCGACAGCGCGCAGUCCCCAGAGCAAAAGCACAUACUACCCUCCAAACACCCUCGCGCCGACAACAAACCAAACAAGCGUUCAUCGCAAGACAAGCCAGCACAGGCCGACAACGUUACACCUAGACCCUUGGACGCGUUCGACAAAGUAGCCGAUACAACCCAACAGCGGAAGAAAAGUCUACCCAAAAGACAAAAUAUAUCACAGACAUCCGAGCUGGUCCUACCACCGCCCGCAUACCAUAUAUCGAGAUCAAUCAACAAGCACCUGCCAGUCUACACAGACACAAAGCGCGGCGGCAACCUGCGCUUGACCAUCAUACGGAAGGUCGCGGGCGAUCUGGUCGCACUGAGGGACGAGGUGAAGGAUUUCUUAGGUAACAAAGGCGAAGAGGUUACGAUUAAUCACUUGACGAGUCACGUCCAGAUCAAGGGUCAUUGCAAGAGGGAGGUUGAAGAAUUUCUAACCGCAAGGGGUUUUUAG